UCCCCUUGAAAAAAAAUCAAUAUGAUUUAUUACACUUGGAUUUAAAUUCAAUAAUGUUGCAGCUGGUCCAAAGCUUGAUAAUCCCUUGCUCUCUCUAACCUUCAUGUUAAAUCGUAUCUAACAACCUGUUUAUCUCUGUCCUUCAGAAAUACUAUAAAGACAAGUCCUAAUAAUACAGCUCUGAAAUGCAUUAGGUAAUUUGGACAGCAUGCUGCCAGCAACUGUUAAACUCUGCUGUGGAAUCUCACACCAGCAUUUUAGAAACAUGACAGGAUUGAAACAUACUGCUGUGGCUGCUAUUGGACAAGAAAUAACUCAAAUUAAACUGAGAGAUAACAACAUUUUAUCCAACUGGGCAAGCUCUAAAUGGACAGGAUGCAAGGCCAAGCUUAGAAAAGAAGCUACUGUUAUUCAGUUGAAGGAAUUUAAAGAUGAAGAACUACUCUAUGUGAAGCAAGGAAAGGAAGCUUUACAAAGGGCAGUAGAGAUCCUGGAACAGCAGGGGGGGUGGCAAACGGAAAUAUCAGAGGAAAAUGGGGAUGUAGUCCUAAGCAAGAUACUCCCUGGAAUCGGAAAGGUCUUUAAACUAGAAGCUGUUUUGGAUGCAACAACCAAGGAGCUUCACAAUGAGCUGUUUGCCAAAGUGGAAGAAAUGAAUAAAUGGAACCCAAACAUUAAACAAAUUAAAGUCUUACAUCAAGUUGACAAGGACACUAUGGUGACCCAUGAGGUAACUGCUGAGACAGCAGGGAAUCUGAUUGGCCAAAGGGAUUUUGUGAGCGUCAGGCACUGCUGGAAACAGAAGGCUUCGUUUUAUUUAGCGGGUGUUGCCAUACAACUGGAAUCCUUGCCACCGCAAAAAGGCUUUGUAAGAGCUCAAGAUGGUCCUACCUGUAUUAUCCUGGAGCCCCUAGAAGAUGACAAAAAUAGGAGCCGUUUCACGUGGCUUCUUAAUAUGGAUCUUAAGGGCUGGCUUCCCAAGUCCAUUGUCAAUCAAGCUUUGCCUCAAGCCCAGGCAGAUUUUACAAGACAUUUGCGGAAACGACUGUCUGCAAGGCUAACCUCUGUGCAGCGCUGAGAGUCUGGCAGAUUCAUUCUUGGCUUAUUAAGUUACACUAUAUGAAGAUGGAUCAAGUAAAAGGCUUUGUUAGUCUACAGUAAUUUGAAAUAGACUUAGGUCUGCCCUUGACAGUACUAUUCUAGAAGCCCUGCAAAAUGUGGAAGACAUUUAUAGAGACAGUGGAGCAAACGGGGGUGCUUUGAGAUUCAGUUGAAUUCAAUCCUGAAAUGUUGUAUAAACCAUAAAUUGUAGGUAUUGUUUGACUGUUUAGGAUUUUUUUUUUUUUUUUGGACAGUGGUGAGAUGUAUUUAUGCAAUGGAGAAAUGGAUAUUGUCAGAACAAAUAUAUUAAUUAAUUUAGCAUCAUUUUGACAUUUUCCUUCAAAUUAUCUAUUUUGGUAUGUAGCAAUGUCUUGUUUUGCUAUGCAAACAUUCAUACAACUUGGAUACCUCUUGACUUAUUACACUGUUGAGGAAGCACAUUUUUAAUGUAUAAAUCAUGGUCAGAGCACCAAUUACCACUUCACUGAUAUCCCGGGAAAAGUAGUGUUGAAUUGGUAUCAUCUCCUCUAAUUGGCAAGAAAG